CGUCACUGCAGAUGUCUCAAGAGGAUGGAGAGACAAAAAGAGAUGUAAAUACUUUAUCGCACCACGCAGGAGGAAGGCAAAGUGUUCUGUGGAUUUCACACAGUUUUUAGCUUUUAAAAGUGUUGUGAAGUGAGUCUGUUCAGCAUGUGGAUUUUUCUAGUUUUCCUCUCCCACAUCUUCAAAGUGGUGUCUAUGAAUCCUCUAACUGCUUCAGUGGGAGGAGACGUCACAUUUCAUUGUUCACAUUUUAUGGCCCAUGGGAACAUCAAAUAUUUCUGCAGAGACUCUUGUGUGGUCAAGAAUAUUCUCAUUCAAACGAAUGCAGGAGAGAAUCCGACUCGCACAGGCAGAUACACGAUACAUGACAAACGAUCAGACUUCACCGUUACCAUCGCUGACCUGCGGCUAUCAGACUCUGGCACUUACAUCUGCGCAGUCGACAGGCUUUUAAAAGACACUUACACGUAUGUGACUCUACGUGUGUUUGAGGUCUCUACACUAAGGCCUGCUCCAGCAAGUUCAUCCAGACCACCUGCAAAACAAACAACUAGAGAUGCAACAGAAAAGAAGGGAAUAUCAAUGAUAAAGCGCUCGACUGCAGGCUCUCCACCAGAAACCAUGCACAGAUCAGCACUGUCUGAUCCUCUGGUUUAUGUUGGUGCUGGUCUUGGUGCUCUGGUGCUGAUUUUUACAGUCGUCCUCUUCAUAUUUAUCAAACUGAAGGAGAAGAGACGCUCCUCCGGUUUGACAUCGUCUGCACAUCGACCUGAUUCUCUGAUUUAUACCACACCGAAUGCCAGUGCACAAUCAGACAGUCUGAACUAUUCCUCCAUGCAGUUUAUCAGAAAAUCCAGAUGCAGUGUGAAGACCAUGCAAGUCAGCUAA